AUGCUGAAUAAAAGUCGCUACUAUUUAAGUAGUUUCACUUUAUUUGUAAAUGAAACUUAUAUUGUGUUUUUUUUCGGUGUCUUAUUUUUUGAAGCUAUGACCAGUAAACGCAAAAUUGAAAGUGCGAAGACACUGAAGGCUCAAUUGGUUGCUUUUAAUACCAGUGCCACUUCGUACUCCAAAAUAUUAUCAGCAUGUUGUUCAAUGUUAUGUGUUUUACAAGGCACGAAAUUUUACAAGCCAGACCAGCGAAAUAAGAUUUAUUGUUUUAACCUGAGAACCUGUAUUUGUUUGAUUCAAAGUUCAACAACCUUACUGCGUAAGGUGAUCGUCACUUCAACCUACAAUAAACAUUUCAGCAGACCAGUAAAGUUCUCCACAUAUUUAUAUAUAAAUGAUCAGAUUCUGAUGAAUCUUAGUCUCGAGCUUAAAGGUGCACCUGUUUCUUUCCUAACGGCAACAGAAUCGCACUGGGAAAGACGCAAAGAUAACUACAAACAACUUUGUCACGGUUCAUGCAUCGUAUCAACUAAAACCUUUGAAAAUCUCAGCUGGAUAAAUGAUAUUCUAAAAAGUUAUUUUAUAAUAGCCCUCACUUUGCCUAAACGUUACAAUAGAUUAAAUCUUCAAAUAUAG